GCCUUGGACAGACCAGACUUAUGAAGGAGAAAGACAAGAGUCGGGGGAGAGACAGGUCGGCAAGCGAGGGGAGGACAAGGACAGAGCAGAAGCAAGAUUGGCGACUGUAUCUCGUAUUGCGUAACCCGAGCACCGGCGGAGGUGAGAUAUGAGAUUUUGCUUUUGACACCGGAGGGAGAAGGGCAAAGAAAAGAUGCGAUCCAAUAUCUCCACCUUCGCGUAUGUGGCUGGGCUUAUCGGUCUUGGAUCACAAGCCACAGCCCGUUCAGUCAAUCAAGUCGAGACAAAGCAAAGCAACUGUCAGGACGAUGGCGACAGAAAGAGACAAAGACAGAGGCAAAAGAAAGAAAGCAGAAGCAGCACGAAAUCCAGCACGAUCAGCCCAGCCCAGACCCGCUUGGCCGCCUCCGUCAGCGAUCGCUAUUUCUCAUCCAUUCUUUCCUUGUCCAGGUACCUGUACGCACAGGCGGCGCUAGCACCACUAAUGUGCCUUGCUAGCAGGCGGGAUUCAUUCCAGCGCACGCACUGGCUACAGGGCUGGCAUUCUAGCACAAAGCCGCAAGGCAAGGCAAGGCCAGGCAAGGGGGGGCUGUUCUGUAGGGCAAAAAGCAGGCAAUGAUGACGACGAGCUGAAGAACCAGGAGCAAGGGUCUUGCAUUGGACAGAAUAACGACUAAACACUAAAAGCUGCUGGCGGUUAAAGAGGCCAGUUCGGGCACUGUUGCAGCGGGUCGUACGAGUUAGGAAGAGGCCGAGAGAGAGAGCAGAUGAA